AUGAGAGGAAGAAUAUUUCUUUUUAUUUUUCUUUUCGCGAUUUCUUAUGGAAAAGACGAUUUUAGCAAAGAAUGGAAAACGAUCGAAGAACUCGGAUCCUUUCUCACUGUUCUUGAGCGAUGCAACUGCUCGAGUCAAAAACUCAGCGACCAACUAGCCCAAAUCAAGGGCCAGGAAGAUCUCCUCGGAUGCGAUUGCUGCUGGAACGGGCCCUUAGGAACUGCCUGUCUUUGUCCAACAAAACUCAAGUUCAAAAGUAAAUUCAUCGAGCUCAGCUCAUGGCUUCUCAAACAGAAAAAACGUAAGGCAGACGGAAGAGAGCCGAACAUGAUGAAUUUUGAAGCGGCGGAGAAGUCACUGGCGUAUAACAUGGGGCAACUGUACAACUUUGGUCUCGAGACGAAAAAUCGCGGCGAAUGCUUCCGUUGUCAAGCCGCCUCCAAAACUUGCGAAGCUCGACCAACAUUUUUUCAAAGCAGGCAAUCUCGAAACGGACGACUCGACGACUUCUCCAUCGAAACUUACCAUGUUUCUCCUACAAGCAUUUCUUUUGGCAAAGAAUUCACGACAAUUCUAGUCCCAACGAGCAAAAUUAAGUUCCAAGGCCCACUGGACGAAUUGGAAUUGGCCUUGGAACAAGAAAAUCAAGCAUUUUUCGAUUUUGAUCGAAAAUCAAAAAUGAUAAAGAAAUCUGGGGCUCAAGCGAUUGGAAAUGUCGAAGGGAUGAAAGCUUUUUCUGGGCGGCAUUCGAGGACGAUGAAAAACAACGACGACGAAUUCGAACUGGUAAAAUUUCCGGAAAAGCUUUUGAAAAUCAUGACCGACGAGUUAAUUUCUCCGCAAAAUGCCCUUUCCUUCGACCGAGCAGGAGCUAAUCGAGAAGAACUGAUCUCCGGAGAACGAGAAAAGCCUCUGAAACGAUGUCUACCACUUCUAGUGCCUUUGAGGAGAACGAUGAGGACUUGGGGAGUCAAGGAGAGAAUGAGAUGUGCUGAUCCUUUUGUUCGUUCAAUGUUGAAUGUUGCUGUUGAGAACCCUUACUUCAUCCGAGCGGUUUGGCAAGGCGAAAAGAAUUCUACUUUUCCGUAUCGCCAUCCUUGCGUCAUCCAGCUCCGACUUUCAGGGAUUCGAAUUAUGAAAUUGUAA